CGCUGCCGGCUGGACGGCUCCCAGGAGACGGAGCUGCGGAGACUCUGACCCCCGCUUGGCGCAGGGGUCGCGUGCAGAAGGCCGCCGCAGGCCGCGGCCGGCGUCGUCAUGUUCCGAAAUCAGCUUGACGCCGUCGCGAACCUCUACCAGGGUCUCAAGUUCAAGUACGAGGAGGCUGUCAAACCCCGGGAAUGCUAUGAAGAAUUCGAACUUGGCCCGAACGGAGAGCGCAUUCCGGUGCGCCAUGACAAGCCGAAGGUGCGGAAAAUCGACCAGUUCGUCGAGCCCAACUGCCCGUGCCGUCCCAGCAUGUCUAAGCGAUACACAUUGGCCUGGCUGGCCUCCAUCGGUUUUCUGAUAUCUUUCGGAAUUCGAUGCAACUUGGGUGUUGCUAUGAUAAAGAUGACCGAGCCCGACGCAAUAACAGGGAUACCGGACGUAGACUGGGGAACGGGGCAGCAAGGCGUGAUGGAUAGCGCCUUCUUCUGGGGAUAUCUAGUCACGCAGAUACCCGGAGGAUUUCUCGCAUCCAAGUUUCCACCUAAUAGGGUGUUCGGCACGGCCAUUGCCACGUCCGGCCUGCUCAACUUCCUGCUGCCGACAGCGGCCAGGAUGAGCAGCUCGGCGCCGUUCAUGGUGCUCCGUAUCAUGCAGGGCCUGGUGGAGGGCGUGACGUACCCGGCGUGUCACGGCAUGUGGCGUAACUGGGCACCGCCGCUGGAGCGGUCUCGGCUGGCGACGCUGGCCUUCUGCGGCUCGUACGCCGGCGCCGUGUUCGGUAUGCCCAUCUCGGCCCUGCUCGCUAUCGACGACGACUGGCCGGCGCCCUUCUACUUCUACGGCUGCGUGGCGCUCAUCUGGUACGCCUUCUGGAUGUGGCUCUCCUUCGAGAAGCCGACCAUCCACCCCAACAUCAGUGAGCGCGAGCUGACGUUCAUCGAAGACAGCCUGGCCGGCCAGCAGGGCCAGACCAUUCCCACCCUGUACACCACGCCGUGGCGCGCCUUCUUGACGUCGAUGCCGCUGUGGGCCAUCCUGGUGGCCAACAUCGCCCGCUCCUGGACUUUCUACUUGCUGAUCCUGCUACAGGUCCGCUUCCUCCAGGAGGCUUUCAACUACAACAUCGGCGAGUCCGGCGUGGUCUCGGCCCUGCCCCACCUGUUGAUGACGCUCGUGGUGCCCGUGGGUGGCCAGCUGGCCGACUACCUGCGCCGAAACAACCUGCUCUCCACCACCAACGUGCGCAAGCUGUUCAACUGCGGCGGCUUCGGCCUGGAGGGCACCUUCCUGCUGGUGGUGGCCUACUCGGGCAGCGCCACGGGUGCCAUCGUCGCCCUCAUGCUGGCCGUCGGCUUCUCCGGUUUCGCCAUAUCAGGCUUCAACGUCAACCACUUGGACAUCGCUCCUCGGUACGCCAGCAUCCUAAUGGGCAUUACCAACGGCUGCGGCACCCUGUCCGGCUUGGUCUGUCCCAUCGUCACCUCCAGCAUGACUGUCCACAAGACGAAAGAAGAAUGGCAGCAGGUUUUCAUAGUAGCAGCAGUCAUCCAUUUCAUCGGCAUCCUCUUCUACGGGAUCUUCGCGUCCGGUGAGCUUCAGCCGUGGGCCGUGCCGCCGGAGGAGGCGAAGCAUACUCAGUUUAGUGACGGUGAAAAUUUCAACAAAAAACCGCCCAUGGAGACAAACGGCCACCCUGCGAACGGCUCUUCGCGCGUCAUCACGUACGGUUCCCUGGAGGAGCCGGCGCCCGAGCCGGCCGCCCAGUACACGGCCGACGGCGGCGGCGGCGGUGUGCCCGAGUACGCCAUGGGC